AUGAAAUCUUCAAUGACAGAGACUGUCUUUCACGACAGUAAAUAUAUCCUUCAUCGUGUCAAAUUCGGUAUUUAUACUAUAUUAGCAGUUGCAUCAAUUGUUCUUUCUCUUCUUAUGUUUAUUUUUUUUCUUACUCAUCAACAUAUUGUUCGUAUUCGUCAAAACCAGGCUCUAUUACUUUUACUCGUUGUCAAUUUCAUUCAAAUUACAUUAAAUCUACCAAUGGUUAUCCAUUACAACCGUCUUGGUUAUAUCAGUCCAGCAACAGUGGCCUAUUGCACCUGGUGGGAAUUUAUUGAGUAUACUCUUAACGCAUCAGGUGAAAUUUUGAUGAGUAUCAUUUCAAUUCAAAGACAUCUACUUAUUUUUCACGGAGAAUUAUUUCAUAAACGCUUUUAUCGAUACCUGUUGCAUAAUAUUCCGCUUUGUUUGUUUGGUAUUAUCUAUCCAAUUGUAUUUUACUUUUGUGUCCUCGUGUUCUAUACAUGUGAUGGAACUCAAUUAAAUUUUACCUUAAAUGGAUGCGGUAUAGCAGCUUGUUAUCUCGUCUAUAGUAAAGUGUUAGCUACAUACGAUUGGGCUGUUAAUAAUGGUAUGCCGAUUAUACUUAUAACUUUUGCUAAUGUAAUACUUCUUGUACGAGUUGUACGACAAAAACUUCGUCGUCAACGAGUAAUGCCAUGGAAAAAGCAAAGACGGAUGACUAUACAGUUAUUGAGUAUUUCAAGUCUAUACUUUUUUGGAUGGUUUCCGAGCAUGGUCGUAGCGGUUGUGCAACAAUUAUGGUAUCCUACUUUCUUAGCGGAUGCUCAAUUGGAUUACAUAUACGAUCUGGUUUAUUUUAUAUGUCUUUUAUUACCAUGGGUAUGUCUGGGACUGUUUCCUGAAUUUACGAAUUGGAUUCGGAUGUGUGUGUUUCGUCUGAAUGCAGCGCAGAAUAUUAUUCGACCGGCCACCCGUGCAAAUUGA